CAGGAGCGAGGGCGUCGGCCCAGGCGACCCGACCACGGAGCUCAAGACGCAGCUCGUGAAACUCACCAAGCGGAACCGGGCGCUGCAGGCCACCACCGAGGCGCAGAAGACGCGCCUUCAGCAGCUAGAGGCCGAGGUCCGGAAGCCGCGGGAGGAGGCGAAGAAGCAAGCGGAGGAUGGACCUCGUGCUUGGCAUGGGCGGAGACAUGGAGGAGAGUGGAAGAAGAAGUACCUGACCGCCUCCAACGAGCUGCAGGAGGUGAGGCACAAGGCCCAGGAGCUGAGAGCGACCAUCCAGCGGCAGCGCAAGGAGGGGGUGCUGCUGAAGGAGCUCGGAUCCGACGAGGUGGUCGAGAAGGCCCUAAGUGUCGCAGACGACCCCAACGCGGUGAACUUCAAGGGCCGUGCCGCCCAGAUCUCGCAGCUGCAGCGCCAGGUGCGCGAGCUCAAGGAGCAGGCGAGGCGGCACGGCGCGGCCGCCGACGACCCGGACAGCGAGGAGCCCCUGGCCGGCUCGCCGCCGCAGCAGCGCCGUGCCGGCAAGGCGGACGCGGCGGCCGAGAAGGAACGCCGCGGCGCGGCUUUCUCGCUGGCUUCAGCGGGCAGGCGCGAGCUGCGAGAUGGCAUCCGACGUGCGGCCGCAGCGGGGGCGUGGGACAGCGGGCGGGAGCUCUUCGAGCGGUGGGUGGUGCAGCAGCCCGCGCUGAAGGGGAUCAGCUUCUGGGACUUCCUGAAGGUGUUCCAGAAGGACACCGCCGAGCUCGAGGGGCUCCGGGACGACGCGGCGACCGCGCGCGCGGACAGCUCGCGGGGUGCCGUGCCCGAGGCGCUGGACUGCCCGGGGAGGCACGGUGCGACGCGCUUCGUCGCCUGGGACGACGGCUUCCUCUGCAGCCUCUGCGGGGAGCCCAUCGCGGAGGGCGCCGCGUGCCUGGGCUGCCAGAUCUGCGACCACGACGCGUGCCCGGGCUGCACGCAGCGCCUCCUCGAGGAGCUCGGGCGCGCGGCCGGCCCCGGCGCCCGCCGCGGCGGGCGCUGA